AUGAAAACAUCGCCACAUCAAACGUUAGUGAAAGCUGGUGAUCGAGACGGUUUGAAAGAAUUGUUAAGACGCAGAUUAGUUGAAUGUGGAUGGAGGGAUGAAGUGAAACUUAUUUGUAAAGAAAUCAUUAAAGAAAAUGGUCAAGACAUAACGUACGAUGCACUCUUAGCCAUGGUAACGAGUAGAGCAAGAAGUAGAGUUCCAGACGUGGUAAAAAAGGAGCUUUUACAAAAGAUAAAAAAUCAAUUGUUGGCACAGGAAGAAAAACUCAAAUUGACGUGAUAUUUAUAUUAUAAGUAAUAAUUUUUUUUUAUACAUACAAUGAAAUAUGA